GAUGUACCGUCCGGACUGCAGUUCUGACUUCGUUUUGAUGGACGAACGAAUGAUAGCAUCAGCUUCACGUGCAGCAGUUUCGCCGCCUAUAUCACAGCUUAACGUGUCCAAAUCAUCGAGGGUCCACAUCGGGCCCAAGUUCGUAUCGGUCACACAAAAAGUCAGGAAUACAGAAGAAAUAAAAGAACUCCCGCUGCCGCGUUACCUAUGGAAAGUUUUGAAGAAUACAAGCAGAGCAGAGAGACUAUCGUGCUCCGUAGCGCUCACCGCUCUUGUCAUAUGCAUCGGGCUAACUUUGUACUUCGCUUUGACAACCGAGACAGUCGCAAACGAUGAUGACAUCGAUGUCGCUCCUCAUGAAUGGAACAUCACAAGGGAGAUGUGGUUGGCUCAAAUUGUAAACGACACGGAAUCAGUCAGAGAAUAUAACCCGAUUCGUCUGGUCAUCGUUCAGCAUACGGUCAGCCCUGAAUGCGACACCUUCCAAACAUGUGCGUCGCAAAUGCGUAUUCUUCAAUCCAAUGUCUUACACAAUCUUGAAGAUGACAUUCCUUACAACUUUUUGAUCGGCAACGAUGGCAGAGUGUACGAAGGACGAGGUUGGGGACUUGUGGGAGCACAUACGUAUCAUUACAAUCGAUGUUCGCUCGGCAUCGGGUUUCUUGGCGACUAUCGCGAGGAACUUGACCCACACACCAGAGUUACGGAUCUGCAAAUAGCAAGGACGAAAAUUUUACUUGAAGAUGGCGUGAAGCGAGGCUUUCUGCAUCCCAAGUACUACAUUAAUGGUGCUUGCGACUUCCAAAGCACCGCCAGUCCAGGGUCAAACUUGUACAAAGCUUUGAAAAGUUUUGAGCACUUCGACCACAAAGGAAUAUUAGCGAACAGAACAUGUGAUGAAAUAUAUACGAUUCUCAAGAAUAAAAUUUAAUCAGAUUAAUCUAGCCAAAAAUCAAUGAAAUUGGUUUAAAAAAUU